AUACGUAGAACACUGUGUAGUCUAAUCUAAUCUCCUAGUCUCGAAUAUUGUAAAUGCUAAAUUUGCUUGUUUAAUUCUUUUUCUUUCUCGAACCUCCCAAAGAUCCAUCUCUAUUGCCCACAUUACCUCCCUGUCCGCUCUUGGAUUUCGAAUGUCGCCAAUAUAUUCUUUCCCACAAUUUUAAAUCCAAUUCGGUCCAGAACCCAUCACGUGAAUUUGGAUUCAAAGCUAUAAUUAAGCUAAUCACUAACUUAUUAUUAUUAAUCCAACCAUCUCAUAUAAUCACACCCCCACCUUCAUUCACUCAGUUCAGAAUUCUCUCAUAGUCAAGCAAACAAAGACUCACGUCGCCACCUGCUCUUUGUCCUCUAUCUGUUUGUUUCAAACGAUAUUCCCUUUGGAGAAAAUGUUAAUGGAUCAACAGAAGAUGGUACUCAUCUCUUCAACUACUAACGAUUGGCCACAGAUCGACGACGAUGAUGAUCAGAACCACAAGGGCGUGAUGGGUUCGACAACGGCGGUAGGAGCUUCUAGAUUGAUGGAGAAACCGGGCCAAGAGCAACUUCAACAGCAGCAACAAGCCCUUAAAUGUCCUCGAUGUGAUUCUUCCAACACCAAGUUCUGUUACUACAACAAUUACAGCUUGUCUCAGCCCAGACACUUCUGCAAGGCCUGCAAGCGCUACUGGACCAGAGGCGGCACGCUUAGAAAUGUUCCGGUCGGCGGUGGGUGUAGAAAGAACAAGCGCGUGAAAAGACCUAGCUCAAGCUCAGCCGUGGAUAAUGGAGCUUCUUCUUCUGCUUCUUCGGCUCCGAACAGUGGUAACUCAAACCCGAAUCCCAACACACAACAAAACCAUCCUCAGAUCGACUUGGCCUCGAACUCGAAUCAUCAUAUGAAUCCGCUGUUUUACGGGUUAGGUAGUAACCAACCUGAUCACAUGGGGAUUAAUCCGUUUACUACAUCCGGGUUUGAUCAGUUCAGUGCUCUCGGGUUAGGGUUUGGUGAUCAAAGGUUUAAUCCGGCGGCAACCAGCAAGCAAAUCCAAGAUCUUGUGGCCGCGAAUUCGCUUCAUUCUUCCAAUCAUUCCAUUUUUAAUUCCACAUCUUAUAGCACAGCUCCAACUAUGGCCUCUGUUCUCGCUUCCAAGUUCAUCAACGGUGGGUUUAAGGAUGUCAGAGGGAAUAAUAAUCAGUAUUUCCAGAACUUGCUGCCGUUUGAGGAUCUUCAGAUAGCAGCAGCUGGCAACGGCGGCGGCGAGGCGGUGAAGGAAGUGAAAGUAGAAGAUGGUGGACAAAGCAGGAUGGGGUGGAGUACUAAUCACCAGGCUAAUACAGAGCAAAUGGGACUCUCAUCGGAUCCUACUCUUUACUGGAGCUCGUCGAAUCUCGGAGCGAAUAAUUGGCAUGAUCCGGCGAAUCUUGGGUCGUCGGUCUCUUCUCUGAUCUAAUUUUUUUUUUUUUUGCCAGUUUGAAUUAGUUUCCCUUCUUUGGUUGAAGUCAUUUUGGUUCUCUUAGGAUUUUAGGUUUUCUUAGUCGGUGUGGGUUUCAAUUCAAAGCUCAAAAAAAGAAAAAAGGAAAAAAACAGAAAAAAGAAAAAGAACAAAGGAAAUCAAGGGUGGGUGGAUCGGAGUGAUCAUGUCAGCAGCAAUUGAAGAAUGGAUCAUCAGCCUCUUAUUUUAGUAAUGAAGGUUGAUCAGAUCGAAACACCGAAAUUGCGCUGAGAGGAACCUCGGAUCUUCUUCGUUUCUCUCUCAUUUGCCUCAAGAUCAAGUACUAUCAAACUAUCAUCAGCGUCGUCUUCAUGCAAUAGUACUCGAGUAAGUUGGUGUUUAUUUAAGGUCAAUGUGUAUAUAUAUGCAUGACAUUGUUUCCUUCUCAUGUAUUUGUGAUUAGGUUGGGGGGUGGUAUAGACUUGGUGGUGGGUUUACUAGUUGUGGCUUGAAGAAACUAAUAAUUUUUUUAUUUGUUUUUUUCUUCUUGGGGAGAUGGUUUAGUGAGGAAAAUGGGGGUUAAUUGGAUACAAUGGUAUAGAAGAGAAGGAGACUUUGUUCUUGCAAAGUGGUUAAUAUAUGUGUGUUGCUUUUGUUCAUCUAUAUUCAUGUUGUUUAACUUUCUACUUAA